AUGCGAGCUCCAGACUCACAGUCACAGGUGAUCGCUUCAGCAAUGGAGUGCUUCAACGAACUGCUCCUUAAACUGCGGGAGGUCCACGAGCGAGAGGUGGAGGGUUGGCAGGUGAAAGUCCAAGAGCUGUCCAACAAGAAAGGCUGUGAUACAAAGCGAAUGGAGGAACUGUUCACCAGAAACCAACAGAUGAAAGAACAGCAGAGAUUACUCACUGAGAACAUCAAGACACUGGAAAACAGGCUGAGAGCCGGUUUGUGCGACAGAUGUUCAGUAACUCAGGAGGUAGCCAACAGAAGACAGCAGGAAUAUGAAGCCUCACAGAUAAAGAGCCUCCAGCACAUCUCUCAACUGGCGGGAGAGAUGAACAACAUGAAAAAGGAGAACAAGAGACUUAGAGAUGAAAUCAGGAAUUUAAGAGCAGCACUGGCAGGUCACAGUGACCACUCCUCAAACAGCAGCACCACCACAGAGGUCAAACCAAACAGCUCCCCAGACCUUUCAUCCUCUUCUGGACCUGUGUCCCUCAUCACCCUAGCAGCCAGCAGGGCCAACAACCAGCCAUCAGAUGGCGAUGUUGGAGUGAAAACUGAGACAGACCAAAGAACUGAAGAAACUGAACACAAACAAUUGAGAGGGAUGAACAGGAGCCACUUUGACUCAUACAAGCCUCUUUCACUGUUGACACUUGCAUCACCGUCCUGGAAGACAGAACAUUGUGUUACCCGAGCUGGAGAGAGGAGUAUUGAAGUACUGGACCAGCGAUCCUCCAUCCCUCCCUCCCUCCCUCUUGAGAAUUCUUCUUCCUCAACCGGUGAAGAAGUCAACCCCACUAGACAUGUACUCCACACUCCCGUCCCCUGCCGUCCUCAACCAAUCAAAAGCAGCCCUGUUACCUUCCCCUGGCCCUUAUCUGAAUCCUCUGACUGGGUUACUGUGGCUGCUGCAGGCACCAGCCAGGUGAUGCAGCAUUCUUCCAAACCAAAUCUGCCACGCUUUCCUAACCUGAUCCCAACUAGCCUACAUGCCAGCCCUAGAAGGCAGGUUUUAGGGUCUCCCUGGCCAAAACACAGCACUUCUCAGGCCCCUGUAAGAGAGCCAACUUUGGUGUUCAGGUUAAGGAGUCUGACAGAGCAUGUGGAGAGUCAAAUUAAGCCCCAGGAGAAAAAGGAAAUUCAGGUAACUAAGGCUGAGAGAGUCUCUGGAGAAGGGCUUAAGGAGAUGAACGAGGGGCCGCUGGACCUAUCGGAUCAUGGAAAGUCCAAAUCCAGCCAAAUGGCAAGGGAUGAUUCACCCUUAGGCUUACAAGGUGGAGAGAGAGUACAGAAGAGUCCUGGCAAGGAUGUGAAGACUAAUACAUCAACACAUGUACUAGUGUCAUCACCUUCGCCUGUUGUCCCACCUUCAUCCUCCUCUACACUACCAGCCAAACAACAAGAGGAAGAGCCUACCAACGACCAUAUCUACAAGGCAAUUAAAGAUCAGGAGCAGAAAGAGGAGAUGAAUGGAAAGACAGAGCAAAGCAAUGAAAAGAAGGUGCCUGUCCUCACUAUAUCAUUACGCCCAGUAGUAGUGCUGGAGACUCUGAAUUCUGCUAUGCAAAAGCAAGACGCCUUAUCAUCAAAUGGCAAGUCGUCAUUACCAGCAAUUGAGCCAGGAAGCAGCUCGGACGAGCAGCUCGAGGAAGAGAGUGUGUCAGGCCAAGAAUGCAGCCAGGGCUGCAAGAGGAAGAGGUCAUCUGUGGAGACAGAAACCGACCGAGACUCGGACACAGACAACAUCCAGCAUGAAGAGAAAAUCCAGAUCACAGUCAGAACUGAAGAGAAGAGCCCUAGCUAAAGAGGAUGAUAUCACAUUGACCUGGGGAUCUCACUUAAACCCACAUUAACUCGGGGGCAGUGCAACUAGCUGAAAAAUAGAGCUGAGAAACUGAGAAACAACAUGAAAUAUCAUCACCUUAUAAAGUUAAUACAGCUAACA